AUGGCCGCUGCGGCCGCAGCGCAUGCGCUUGCAGGCACGCACCGCUACCGCACCACCGACAUUGAGAGCGACGCCAGCUCUUUUGAAGACUUGCUGUUGCCCAAGCCGCUGGUACAUGCCCUGGCAGAGGCAGGCUUUCAGCGGCCCUCGCCGGUCCAAAAGGUGGCCAUCCCCUUGGGGAUGGUGGGCACCGACCUGAUCGUGCAGGCCAAGUCUGGCACUGGGAAGACCUGCGUAUUUGCGGUGAUAGCGCUGCAGCGCAUCAAGUCGGAUGUGACCACGCCACAG